CACACAUCAAAUGAUUUUCGCAACCAAACAUGAAAUGAUCUUUCACGACACAUCACUAGCUUCAGUCAAUACGGCACGCACGUACGCACGCACGCACGCACCUUGACGAAAAUCAGCACACGACAUGAUCACUCUCUCCUAUCUGUGGCGGAGGAUGUCCUAAUAAUCCCUUUUAUCAAUGAAUCUCCCAAUGAACCCCCUCUGCCUUUGGUGUCUAUCUCAUCUUCAUUCAUCUUCCUUUCGUUUCAUCUCAUCUCAUCUUGAAAACAACUGCAUCUUUUUCAACGAAACCCAUUCAACGCGUGAUGAUGAUGAUAAAUUUCCCCUCGUUGGUCCUUUCCGCAAGAUCAUACGAACUACACGAAAUCCCUACUCCUCGUGCCAUAUCUCUCUCUCUCUUUGGCCGUACAGACUUUGCGCUCCCAUGCAAUGGCCGCUGCGACCGUCCUUCAAGAGUUUUUCUUCGGCCUCGAUCCCUGGUAGCCAGCCACUUGCAAUCUCUCUCUUUCUCUCUCUCUAUUUGCGCUCUUUCAUUCUUCCCAUCUUGCUCAUUUUUUUCUCCUUAUCGCCGCUCGACCCCUACCCCCCCCUUGGAUCUUUGGUUGGAUUCCUCUUCUCGAAUGAAAGAUCUCGGACGCUCCACAUUCGAACGCAUAUUUCUCUCCUCUCAAACACUCUUCAUACGUUUUACGUGACCUCAUGACGGAUGAAUCAAAGGGCUAUCUACACGAAUUCACUUUUGAAAAGACUCGCCUCCCCGCAAGAAGAAGAAGAAGAAAGAAAGAAAGAAACGGAUGAUCAUCAGGAACUGAUCCUAUUAAAGACUUGUGUACGAUAUGUAUAUUCUGCUUCACACAUCCUCAAGGGCAACAAUCAUAGACCCUUGACACAGACUCAUUCUUGCCAUUGACAUUU